AACGCGCAAGAAGCUCUGUCGACGAUGUGUGGAUAGUGUCACUCUAUGGCGACUUUGUUUCUGUUUUGUAGUUUGUGAGCUAUAAGCUACAUACGACGCUAGCUAGCAACAUUAGUGUAAAUUUCCCCUGAAGUACCAAUUUCCUGAAUUAUUUACCUUAAUUUGUGAACGGCAGAGCUGUGGACUAAUUCUUUAUCACAAACAGGCUACUCUUCAGCCGACGGCUCUCCCCUUCUGAUUCACUCCAGAAGUCCAUGCAGUCAGCAGCAGAAACUUUGGAGAAUGCCUCCAUCCUAUCGGAAAGCUCGGUCGCAAGAGGGACAUCGCCUGUGGAUCGCAACAUUGACCCCAAAAUCACAGAGUACCACCUGGUGAAGCUUCUGGAGAGGUUUGGCAAGGUGAAGCAGUUUGAUUUCCUUUUCCACAAGUCUGGCCCCCUGGAGGGCCAACCCAGAGGGUACUGUUUUGUCAAUUUCCAGACUAAAGAGGAGGCGGAGCGAGCGAUCCAGUGCCUGAACGGGAAGCUGGCCUUGUCUAAGAAGCUUGUGGUUCGCUGGGCUCAUGCACAAGUAAAGAAGUUUGACCAGUUCCGAGGGGACAAAGCCAUGCAGCCAGUCUGGAGCCCUCGUCCAGUGCAGAAGAGCUGCCCACUUCCCUCAGCGUGAACGCAAGAUCCGCGCCAUCGAGGCCAGCUGCAGAUGAUGGACGAGAAGCCGGACGAGGAGUACUCCGGCCCGUCGAUGUACCUGUACAACAAGCCCCCGGAGAAGAAGCGCCCGGCUCCCUACACCAAGUUCGGCCGCAAGUUCAGGCGGUGACACGGCCCGCGUCGCCACGGUCACAUUCCGCUCCGCGCUCGCCGUGAAGGACUGUGCCUUCCUGAGGCCUCCUGUGUUUGAACCCGCAGGACCCGCGCAUAGAGUGCUCACACUGAAACUGUCUUCUGCUCCGUGAUCACGCUGUAAUAUAUGAGGUUUGUGAGAGAGCGUCGGGCCAAACACCCUCUGAUCGUCUGGCUCUGGGUGUGUCAGUCGGCCAUCGCAGGGCUCUAGUGCUCCCCUUUUAGGAGCACUUCCUCCUGAAGGCUGAUGUGUGCUAACCUGCUAACCGGAUGCAUCAGUGUGCUCGGGAGCCCCCGUGCCCCUUGGAAUAAACGUUAGCGUAGAGCCCUGCAUCGGGCCACAUGUUUGGCUCUGAUGCUAGCAGAAUAACGAUGCUCGCUUUUUAUCGGUGAGAUUUUUUGCCUUUCAUUUGUUACAUGUGGUCCUUUGUAGAACCAUUUUUAUUUUAGGAUGGUUUUUGUAUUCCAGUUUUGUACCAGUUUAGCUGGAAUAUUUUAAUAGGUAUAUCUUGCUAUUCUAUGACAACAUCUUUUCAUUGCCUAUCAUUCACAUUUAUGAGCGCUUGUGCAUACUGCUUUUCCUAACUUUAGAUGAUCUGGAGUGUCUGGUUUAUUUUAUCUGCUUUUUUCCUGGACUAAUCUGCUCACUCUGAAGACACUGACGAAGCAAUGGACUUGUUGGUCUGUAGUGAAACAGAAGACAUUCUCAUCCACAGCAUUGAAUUAUGCACUGCAAAUAGAGGAAAUCAGGGUGACUCAGAUGGUUCUUAAUGACCCAGAGUAUCAAAAUAUCUUCAUCUUUCUUUCCCAGAGUCUCAGUCCCAAAUGGGUAAACAUCAUUAACCAGUGUGAUUAAAUUCGCAUUAUGAAAGGAUACAUUCUGUUCUGUUUGCCCAAUGCACGUCUCACAUGUUCUGUACACUUAUGUUUCUUCUCCUUUUGGUCAAUGACGGUGUCUCUCAAUGUGUUGCAGUAGUUCAGACUUAAAGAACAGCUUCUGUGUGAUGUUUGUGUCCUGCUUCAGAUUCAAUGCACAGUAUCUCCUGACUACCGGCAUAUGGUCAUACUAUAACCAAACACUCACGCCGUGAUGCUCAUCACUUUGCUCAACUUCCUGUUUCUCCUGACGGGCGGCAGUGGAAAACACGGUGCCGAAACACGCUCGUAGUUACAAAUGCGUGUGGUUAUCUGAUAUCAGUGGUCAAUGGAAAGGCUUGACAAGCAAUCAUCAUUCAAUCCAGAUGCGAUUGCUGUGGUCAACUUGACAGCGAAAACGCUCCAUUGCAAUUUUGCCUUUUGAGUUAUUUGGUAAUUGAAUUGAAUAGGAACAAAUAAAUCAAGCAAGUGAAUGUGUGUUGAUUUCUUUUCCUUAUGUGGGUGUUCGACAGCCCUGUUCACUGUUUCAAGGCUGUGGUUUGUACUAAGUAAUCAUAUUAUAUUGUUCUGUGAGGGCUGUAAUGGCCAUGCAUAUUAUAGUUUCAGGUGCUGCAGCUAAUUUUGCCAUCAUUCAAUAAAUCACAUUGAUUGGAAAGGAUACCAGAAUUUAAUAUGUGACCCACUGUGUUCAUGCCAUGUAAUGACAUGUUCAGCCAUGCACUCAUGCCUGAUAUUUGUUGCUCUGACAUAUUUGUCAGGUUCUUGCACAGUGGACUAGCAGGUGUUUUCUAUUGUGCAAGGUAGUUUUGCAUGUGUAGGAGUUCUGUGGUGCUUUGAGCAUCAUGCACACUUGUCACUUUUCACCUUUUUAAAAUCUAAGUGUGCGUUUACACAUGCAGGCUAUUUUCACUGAAAUAUUCAUUUAAUUCCAGAUUGGUGCAAAAGCAUAGUGUAAAUAAUAAAUGGAACCCUGAAAGAGUUAUCUCAGUGUUGUGAACAUUGUUUUAUGCCAUAUUUUUGUUAACUUUAGUUCUGUCACUGUCCUCUUUAAUUAGCUUGGUAUAAAAUGACAAGGGAUCUAGAGGAACACAUUAGGUAUGCAUGAUUUUAAUCAUUUGAAAAUUUAAAGAUCAUACUCCAUAACACCUUUAUGGCUUUUGCUAAUGGAUUCUUUAGAACCGUUCUUAGAUUUCUGUGUUGGGAGAUGGAACAUGAGGCACAGCUGUCAGUAAAUUCAGGCUUCAUUUUGUACAGUAACGGGACAGCAAGCAAGCAUGCAAUGUUCUGUAGCAUUUCCUUUGCUGAGAUCCAUGUAAUCUAUGUCCUCGUUAUAAUGGUGUUUUGGAUAUUUCCGUUAUUUUCAUUAGCAUGACCUCUUAAGUCCAACAUUAAUGAGAUUUCUAUCAGAAAAGAAAUAAAGGCCAGAGUUUUGUAUCAUGAA